CGCGCCUUCCUAGUCACUGGUGGGUUUUGCCCAGUAAGGGAGGGAGAACGAGCGCUACGUCAAACGUCUGCACCGUCCGUUUUUAUUAAAAUAUAAAGUUUAAUGUAUUAAUUCCUCGUUUUAUUUGGAAAUAUCUCAUCAGUUUUACUCGUAUGGUAAUAAGGUCAGUGACGAUGCCUUCUGUCAAGUACCAGAGAGGGGACAUGGUGAUGGGCCGCUGGCCUGGCAGCAGCCUGUAUUAUGAGGUCAAGGUGCUGCGCUUUGAUGCCAACAGUCAGCUUUACACCGUCAUCUACAAGGAUGGCACUGAGCUGGAGCUCAGGGAGCAGGACAUCAAGAGUGCUGCUGGUUUCCAGUCCCGUCCACGAUCCCGCUCCCGUUCACAAUCACCGGGCCGCCGUCGCAGCCGCUCCCGCUCCCCAGCAAGGACCAUGCGGCGCUCGUCCUCGCGCACAGCGGCUGCCGUCGCUGCUGCAGCCAUCACGGAGAGUGCACCGGCCUCCCGCAGGGAUACUAAGCUGAAGGAUGCACAGGAAGUCAUUCUCAGCCCCCUGCAACAGACAAAGGCAGCUGAGAACAAUAGCAACAAUAAGCAUGAGCAGAAAGAGGAGAAUAACACUGCUAACAAAGUAAAUGAGAACGCCGAUGCUAUAGUAGAGGCAGAGCCUGAGAAGAACCAAGGCCGUUACAAUCUGCGCCGCAGGAAGGACGAAGCCAAGCCAGUUGAGGCCAAAGCACAGCAGCUGGAGGAAAAGGAGGCCAAGCCGGCUGCAGCUCCUGCUGCCUCUCCCCCCCUCCCUCUGGACUUUGGAGGGAAGCUAGGAGCAUACUUCUGGCUGCUCUUCCUGCCAGCCUGGGUUCUCUUCCUGGUACUCCAAGUCAACCUGGAAGACCCCAGCCUGGCCAACUUCCCCCCUCCUCUGCCCCCUCUCCAUGCUUUCUGGGAUGCCCAGGCUCUUGGAUUGGUCAUCUUGUGGGUCUUAUUCCAGGUCCUGCUCUACAUCCUGCCGGUUGGAAAGCUGAGCGAGGGCAUGCCACUGCGGUCUGGGGAGAGGCUGAAGUACAGAACCAAUGGUUUCUUCGCCAUGGUGGUGAGUAGUGUAGUGGUAGCAGCAGCUAUGCAUCAGGGUGUUGACCUCACCUACAUCCACAGCCACUUCCUGCAGCUGACUACGGCCUCCUUCCUCAUCUCGGUCCUGCUCAGCCUCUACCUGUAUGUCCGCUCUCGCUCGGCUGCUGCAGAGCAGCUGGCUUUGGGGGGAAGCUCUGGCAAUGUGGCUUAUGACUUUUUUAAAGGACGUGAGCUCAAUCCCCGCAUCAAAGACUUUGAUCUGAAAUUCUUCUGUGAGAUGCGCCCUGGUCUGAUUGGCUGGUGUUUGAUCAACUUUGCGCUGGCGCUGGCUGAGAUGAAGCAGCAGGCUCUGGAUGCUCCGUCCUACUCCAUGAUCCUUGUCAACCUCUUCCAGCUGCUCUACGUAGCUGACGGCCUCUGGAACGAGGAGGCCAUCCUGACCACCAUGGACCUGAUGCACGAUGGCUUUGGCUUCAUGUUGGCGUUCGGUGAUCUGGUGUGGGUUCCCUUCACCUACACCCUGCAGGCCUAUUACCUGGUCAGCCACCCCAACCCCCUGAGCCCCCCCGCCGUGGCAGCCCUAGUCACACUCAAACUCGUUGGCUUCUACAUCUUCAGGAAGUCCAACUCUGAGAAGAACGCCUUCAGGAGGAACCCGUCAGACCCCAACCUGUCUGAUGUGAAGACGAUCCCCACAGCCACAGGGAAGAGUCUGCUGGUGUCCGGCUGGUGGGGGGUGGUCCGCCACCCUAACUACCUGGGAGACCUCCUGAUGGCUCUGGCCUGGUCUCUGCCCUGCGGCUUCAGCCACCUCCUGCCGUGGUACUACAUGAUCUACUUCAUCAUCCUGCUGGUGCACCGAGACUCCCGCGACAUGACCCAGUGCAGGAGGAAGUACGGCUCGGCGUGGGACGAGUACUGCCGAACGGUUCGCUACCGGAUCAUUCCCCGCGUCUACUGAGGAACCUGGCUCUGCUAAGGGCUUUCAACCCAAAUAAUGGCUGUGAAGUCUCACCAAAAACUCAAAUAUGAAUGGAUUGACUGACUGAUUUGACUUUUUAUAAUCUUUUUUGUUUUUGUGUUGAAUUUUUCAAAUCUUGAUUCUGGACUGAAGGAGCUACAUUACUUGAUUUUUUUUGAUGGAAGAAAAAAAUGUCAAUCAUUGGUUUUGUGGACUAUUUAAAAAUUGCCUUUUUAAUAGAAAAUACUCAAAAAUAUAAACUCAAAGUUUGCAAACUGGGGGAAAAUAGAAAUUCCCCUUGCUAGGAAUGUCUUGAUAGGAUGUAUAUUUUUGUAUAUACAUAUUUGUUUUUAUACUUCAAGAAUAUCUCACCAUUUGAAUAAUUUUGGUAAGUUUUGCUCUUUGCUCCCAUAUUCAAAAUGUUCCAAUAUAUCAGCUUGGCUAUUAUGAAUAAUUUUAUAAGUACGCCUUCUUACUACGAUUAAACUGCUUGUGUAUAUUGUGAAGAAUGGGAUCAAACAUGCUAUCUGUUUUUAAUAACAUGUACAGUGGAACUAUGUUCUUUCUCAGGACCCAGAAGUUUAAUUGGAAAAGUUUUGUCUUAAUAUUUUGAUUGUGUGUCUUUAUAUAAAUAUCUAGUUUUGACUUGAGAGUGUGAAAUGAUUUUGGAGGUUUCAAGAAAAUGCACUAAUGUGUAGAUGCAUGUUUUUUCCUUCCAUUAUCAGUCCCAACAGGUAUUUGAUUUGGCUUUGCUACCUCCAGAGGGCAGUGUGUGUCAUUCUGAGUGUGAUGUCACUGCUUAAAAAGGAAAAGGACUUAGACUUGUUUUUCAUUCAACAAUAAUGGUAGUAUCUGUUUAACCAUAUUGUAUGUGUCAGGCUAAACUACAUUUUUCUAAUGAAACCAUGUGUCUUUUGUUCUUUUAUGAACUGGCUGUUCAUUUCCAACCACUGCCACAUGAGUUUGGUCUGAACCUUUUGAAGCUUUAACUUGCAGGUCAUGACUAUUUUGAUGAUGUUUAUACUGUGACAACAUGGAGAGCUGUUGACUGUGGUAGCAUUUACAAACUGCAUUUGCUAACCCCCCAAAAAAAAUAUUUUUACACCUGUGCAGCUGGAGAUGAGUACAUAAGUAGCAAUACAUUGACUAGGUAGCGUUUUUAAUGCUGUGCUGACUGAAUACCAUGUAAAUAAAUCAUGUUAUUUUCAGUAAACAGGCAACAGUAGUGGUAAUAGUAACAUUUUUAAUAGAUAUUUAAUAUUGCUUUUUUUUAGGUUAACUUUGUAAUUUUGACCACUGUAGUUCUGUCUACACCUAGAUCUGCCAUGUUUCUGGACAAUAGUUCAACAUGCAUGAAAUCAAAUGGUCUGUAACACUCCCUGAUCAGAGAGAAGACAGGGCACAUUGUGGUGAUGUAUAAUAUGAAUAUCUUAUUAUGUCUCCUUGGCUCGGCAGUCUGAGUACAAAGCAAUAAGUUGGAUGUACUUCUAUUUGACAACAGUGAAUGAGAAGUAAAGUGGGCCCUGACUGUCAGCUAGGAUGAAUCCCAUCUGUGACAGUGGCUGGAAAAAGCUUAUUUGUACAAAUGUUGCAGCAUGAAAUAAAGAUCUACAGUAUUUCCUU